UGUCAUUGCUUCAGAGAGAUAUUGCGCCAGCGCCAUUCGACCUUGAGCAGCAGUGUUUCAAGUAGUAACUACUUAAUUGUUUAUGAUGAACACGAUAUUUACUCCACCAAUGUACAUACAACGAUACGAAUUUGUCAUCGACUUCGUCAAAAAGAACAAACCCAAAAAGGUGGUAGACUUGGGAUGCAAUGACUGCACUCUCCUGAGGAAGCUGAAGUUUCACCGAGAAAUUGAACUGCUUGCUGGACUGGACAUUGACAGUGCAGUUAUCAGGGAUAAAAUGUAUGAACUGGCGCCGAUUCCAACUGACUACCUGCAGCCAGGUGAUCAUCCCCUGACCAUUGAGCUGUACCAGGGGUCAGUCACAGAGAGGGAUCCCCGCACCAAAGGAUUUGAUCUGGUGACGAGUAUUGAGCUCAUUGAGCACCUGCAACUUGAGGAAGUGGAUAGGUUCACUGAGGUUGUGUUUGGCUACAUGGCCCCAGUAGCAGCGAUCAUUAGCACCCCAAACGCUGACUUCAACCCCCUGCUCCCCGGGCUGACAGGGUUUAGACACUAUGACCACAAGUUUGAGUGGACUAAAGCUGAGUUUCAGACCUGGGCUAUGAAGGUGUGCAGAGAGUUUGGUUAUGUGGUGGCGUUUACAGGUGUUGGACAGAUACCAGCCCAGGAGGAGAGCAUCGGGUUUUGCUCUCAAAUCGGAGUGUUUCAGAGAGACAGGUCAGGAGGUGACGCAACACGUCUACAAAGUAAUGUCACAGAGGAGCAUCUCCCUUACAGACUGCUAUACAACGUGGUCUACCCAAGCCUGUGUGACAGCAAUAUCUUCCAGAGGACCCUGGUGAAUGAGGUCCUGUACUGGGCUGAGACCCUGAGGAGAGAGUGGCUGGAGGAGACAACUGGAGAGGGGGAGGAAGAAUCUAAACAGACAGAUGAAGAAGAAGAGGAUUGUUCGAGAGAAAGAAUGGAAAGAGAGGAGAGUCAGACAGGUGAAGAACAGGAGGACAGGGAGCGAGUGGAGGCGGAUGGUAGGGGGUUUGAGGUAGAGAAUGAGGAGGUAGAGGUACAGGGUAGAACAGACAGGGGACAGGAGGAGCCCUACAGAGAAGGGCAGUCUGUGUGUGUGUCCCUGGUCAGGUUGUGGUCCUGCCCCAGAGUGCAGGCUUUGAGUGGGACAGUCCAGCGUCUCACAGAGGUACUACUGGAGGACUCUAGAGUACAGCUAACCAACGAUGGCACUGCCGUGGUGUUGGCGGACAGCGAUGAUGAAGAUUUGGAGUGGGUUGAGACCUGUGAUAACACAGGGACGGGUCAGUUCUUGGUCAGUAGUGUGGAGAACGAGGACUGGGAGACAGAGCUUGGGUGACCUUUGUCAUAUAAGGAGUGUAUUCUUUGAUGUACAAGUGGUGCAGAUGUAUGUUCUUUUUUUUUUUUACAAUGGCAAUAUACAGUACUAGAACAAAGGGCCAUCAGAUAAGAUUUGACCAUAUCCUUCAAUGAGGAAGGAAAAUGUUCCUAAUAAAAAUUUCAUGAGAAUAUGGUCAUUGCCUGGUUCACACACAAUCAACAUUUUUAAACAUUUUAAUUAACAGUGCAUGGUACACAGGAAAAGCAUACAGUACACCUGGUAAGGAAGCAAAUGUUGGUCAAAAAGACAGGAACAAUGGACACUGUCGACACUGACAGAAAACGUCACUUUUACAGGAGGAUACGGGUUACAGCUCCUUAAUACACACAGCUUCACAGAAGAGAAAAAGCAACCAUGUUUGUUACAUGUUAGGUACCGACUGAGAUGGGGAACAGGAACUUAUGCUGCCUGUCUAGCACAGGUACUGAGCGGAUUUUACAGAAGGAAGGUAGUUACCAGGCUUCUUUCUACUCAAGAGGAAUAGGGGUUUGGAAUUACAACCUUUGGCUGUGAAUGGUAAUACAAUACACCAAGUGCCUUGCUAAAGGACACAAUACUCAUAUUAUUAGUUUCUACCAUGUUCUGGAUCUAUUCAUCAGUUCUGUUCUUAAAUUUGCCUCAAAUGAGGCAGUACAGAGUUUGCCUCAAAUGAGGCAGUACAGAGAACUUUCAGAUAAGUGAUGACACAACAUAAAUGAAUCCCACAGGUAUUUGUGCUCUUCUUACCAAACGUACAGAUGUAAGAAACCUUGAACCACAACACUAGUUCAAACGUGUGAUGGUGGAACCACGUGGAAUUGUUGUUUUCAAGCUUUGUUUUAACUCGCUGAAGAAAUACAAAGAUCAUGCAAACAAUAAAACACGCAAAUAGACAUCUACACAGAGAGAAAUAA